AUGGAUCGUGGCGGCCUCUUGUCGGCGGCGGAGGGGCCGCUCGCCGCUGUGCCCCCCUUGAGGCCCCGACCCGGUCGGCACCAGCGGCGGCAUCAUGCGGGCCGGGGUGGCCCGGCCAGGGCGGGGCGGAUCCCAGGAGGAGGCCGGGGCGGGCGCGAUCGGAACCCGGCCGUGGCGGAGGGCGCGGAGGCGGCGACGUACUCCGGGAAGGCGAUCUCUCCGCCGGACUCCGGCCGGCACUUCCUCCACCUGGACGAUUUCAGCAGAGAGGAGCUGGGCGAGAUGCUGAGAGUGGCCGGGAUGGCCAAGGAGAAGUUUAGGGCGAGGGACGAGUCGUUCAAGCCGCUGAUGGGGCGGACGAUGGCCAUGGUGUUCACCAAGCCGUCCGCCCGCACGCGGGUGUCCUUCGAGACGGGCUUCCACCGGCUGGGGGGCCACGCUCUCUACCUGGACCCGCAGAGCAUCCAGAUCGGCAAACGCGAGCCCACCAAGGACAUCGCCCGCGUGCUGAGCGGCUACAACGACGUCAUUAUGGCCCGCCUGUUUGCGCAUGAGGACCUGCUGGAGAUGGCGCAGUACGCCCGGGUGCCGGUGAUCAACGGCCUGACCAACUACAACCACCCGUGCCAGAUCAUGGCCGACGCGCUGACGAUCAUCGAGCGUAGGGGUGCGCUGGAGGGCACGCGGGUGGCCUACGUGGGAGACGGCAACAACAUGGUCCAUUCAUGGCUCAGGUUGGCGGCUGUUUUUCCCCUCACCUUCGUCUGCGCUUGCCCGGAGGGUUAUGAGCCGGACCCCGCCACCGUGGCGGCUGCCCAGGCCGCGGGACAGUCGGAGAUCAGGAUCAGUCACGACCCCGCGGAGGCCGUUUCCGGCGCGGAUGUGGUCUACACUGAUGUCUGGGCAUCGAUGGGACAGAAAGAUGAGGCGGAGCAGCGCCGGCGCGACUUCCAGGGCUUUCAGGUGGAUGAGGCGCUGAUGGAUCGCGCGGACAGUGAAGCCCUGUUCCUGCACUGCUUGCCGGCAGAGCGCGGUGCGGAGUGCACGGACGGGGUGGUGGAGGGCCCGCGGUCGGCGGUGUUCCAACAGGCGGAGAACAGGAUGCACGCGCAGAACGGCGUGCUGAUCCACCUGCUGGCGUCCUGA